AUGCAUCAGAGUCUUGACACGAACGGUGGCAUGGAUCCCGGCUCGGCGUAUGGCGGCUCCAAAAUGUCGCUCGUGCCUCCGAAUACCGACAUGGCCCACGAAAUAGACGCGGCAUCUUUCAUGGACGAUGGGUUUGCGGGCCCCGUAAUCGACAUGGUGAUGGACGACAUGGUCAAUUUCAACCCGGUACACAGCUACUUUCAGGACAUGGACUUUUCCUCGUGGGAUCUGAACUUCGACGCUAUAACCAUCCCACAGCCCGAGAUCAACCAAUCUCCCGAGUCUACUACAACCAGCCGGUCAAAGUCGAACGCGCGCAACGCUUCAAAGGCGCACGCCGCCUUUAAACGGUCGCCCUGGCUGUGGGAGCCAGGCCCGAAGGAUUACGCGCUUCACUACGCAACCCCCCAAGACAAAGAACGGCUUGUCCUGGACGAUGGUACCUUUGCGAACUCUCCCGCUUUCUAUAAACUUAUCACCACCCCGGGGACCAAGCUCAAAAUGACGUCCUCGUCGAGAGACAGUCUUUUGGCCAUGGUGGUGGCUAGCACAGUGCAGAAGGGCAACCGUACCCGCACUCCGUCCUUCCCGUCCCUGGAUCUCCUGAAUCAUCUCGUCCAGGCUCAUUUCAUUCAUGACGAGCAUCAGAGCGAUAGCUGGAUUCACCUAGCGACCUUUGACGCUGCAGAGGCGAUACCUGAGCUGCUCGCUGGUAUACUAUCGAGUGGUGCGACUUAUAUAUCCAUCCCAGCGGUUUGGCAAUUUGGUUUCUCGCUCCAUGAAGUCCUGCGGCUCGGGCUAGCUGAUUUGUUCGAGAGCUCGAAUUCCUCCACCCGAGAUCUCGGCGCGCUCCAGGGCUUCAUGCUCAGCCUGGACAUAGGCAUUUGGAGCGGAUUCAAGAGAAAGAUGGAGAUAGCAGAAAGCUUCUUGCAACCUAUCAUGACCAUGCUCAGACGCGCUGGUAACUUCUCGGCCCCACCAGACUCGUCAGCAAUCAUUCCGACGCUCGCCGACCCUCCCGACGUGCUGGAUUCAAAGUGGCGCAAAUUUGCCAAACGCGAGUCCUACAAGCGGCUCGUGUUGCACAUGUUCUUUCACGACAUACAAUCAUCCAUCGGGUUUUGCAAGAAUCCGCUGAUGUCAUAUACCGAGCUCAACUUCGGUCUUCCAGCCUCCCGAGAUUUGUGGCGAGCCCGGUCUGCGGAGCAAUGGAGAAACCUGUACUUGGCCAAAACGAAUGCUGCACCAGACAGCCCUAUCCCUCGGGUGUCGGAAAUAAUGCAUUGCACCGAAAUCCUAGACGAUUUCGGGCAGUUGGUCGACACGGAACUUUGCUACAUGGCUUUACUACAUGGAUACUGGGGCCAGAUAUCGGCAUACCGCGAGGCCAUCAAAUUCUACGCGGACGGGAUCUCGAGCAAGAGAAACACGACGCACUGCCUCUGGCUCAAGACACAGUAUCAAGAGCUGUAUCGCGACCUCAACGACUUUUCGACCAUGAUCCUUACUUCUAAACGGCCAACAGCUCAGCUUGCAGUCAUGUCGGAGGUCCUCAUGAUGCUCCUCCACGUUUCUCCCGAUGUUCUCCAAACGUUUGCGGGCAAGGCAGGAGAGGACGAGGCUCGCAGGACUUUUGGCCGUCUGGAAGAGAGCUGGGUGACGACAUCCGAAGCCCGCUACGCCAUCUGGCAUGCUGGCCAGAUCUUCCAUCACGCGCGACAACUGCCGCCCGUUUCCCUUCGCGAGUUCAACGCCAUCGCAGUGUAUUUUGCGUGUCUCACCCUUUGGGCAUAUGGCCUGCUGUCAUGCUCUUUAUCCAGGCAAAGCUCAGACCAGGAAAUGGGCAACGGCACGGGCCGCAAGUCCAAUCCGGAAUAUAUUCUCAUGGACUCGGAAGAAAACCGCGAGACGAGGGCUUUCCUACAGCUGAAUCGCGGCGUGCCUGGGCUAACGCUGAACGGGGACCCCGCCGACGGCGUAGAGUCGCUAUCUAACCCGAACGUGGUGUUGUCCGUUGCAAGGGACAUCCUGCGGAAUAAUUUCCCUGUUGUCUCGGAGCCGCUGCCACCUCUUGUCGAGAGCUUGAAGAGACUUCUGCAAGACCUGGGCUCCGGAGCAGCGGGGAGGCCGUCGAGGGCGGUGAGCGAAGACAACUCCCACGUCUGA